CCAGGAUGAGGCCUCCUCGGAGCUGCAAAGAGGGGCUCCCGUGGCUGGGGGCGAGCAGCCGGCUGCCCCCCUUUUCCAAGGCAGGCGAGCUCUGGCCAGGAUAGUCCGGCUGGUGCUGGUGCUGAGGGACUGGGCCAGCAAGAGCUUGCACGAGGAGCAGCAGAGGCCUGACCCCUUCCUCGAGCGCUUCCAGGGCCCGGAGCUCCAGAUGGUGGCUGCAGACGCCGGCAGUGAUCCAGAGGAUGAGGAGACUGAGGAGAAAAGCAAAAAGAAGAAAUGGCAGAUCUUUGUGGUGGACCCUGCGGGGGACUGGUAUUACCGCUGGCUGGCUGUCAUUGCCGUUCCUGUCCUCUAUAACUGGUGCUUGCUGGUGGCCAGGGCUUGCUUCAGUGACCUACAGAAGACCUACGUUGUCCUCUGGCUGGUGUUGGACUACGUCUCAGACUGCAUCUACAUAGGGGAUGUAGUGAUCCGCCUGCGCACAGGCUUCUUGGAACAGGGCCUCCUGGUUAAGGACCUGAAGAAGUUACGGGAUAACUACAUCCACACCUUACAGUUCAAGCUGGAUGUUCUCUCCAUCCUGCCCACAGACCUGGCCUACUUUGCUGUGGGGUUGCAUCGUCCUGAACUGCGAUUCAACAGGCUGCUGCACUUCUCCCGCAUGUUUGAGUUCUUUGACAGGACGGAGACCAGAACCAGCUACCCCAACAUCUUCCGCAUCAGCAACUUGGUUCUUUACAUCCUGGUCAUCAUCCACUGGAAUGCCUGCAUUUAUUAUGCCAUCUCCAAGGCCAUAGGCUUUGGGGAGGACAGCUGGGUCUAUCCCAAUGUCACAGACCCUGAAUAUGGGUAUCUCACCCGGGAGUACGUCUACUGUCUCUACUGGUCUACGUUGACUUUGACUACCAUCGGAGAGACCCCGCCGCCUGUGCGUGAUGAAGAAUACCUCUUUGUGAUCUUUGACUUCCUCAUCGGUGUCCUCAUCUUCGCCACCAUUGUGGGGAACGUGGGCUCCAUGAUAUCCAAUAUGAACGCCACCAGGGCAGAGUUCCAGGCAAAAAUUGAUGCCAUUAAACACUACAUGCAGUUCCGCAAGGUGAGCAAAGACAUGGAAACUAAAGUCAUCAAGUGGUUUGACUACCUGUGGACAAACAAGAAGGCGGUGGACGAACGGGAAGUCCUCAAGAAUCUCCCUGAUAAGUUAAGAGCAGAGAUUGCCAUCAACGUUCACCUGGAGACGCUGAAGAAGGUGAGGAUUUUCCAGGACUGUGAGGCAGGUCUACUGGUGGAGCUGGUGCUGAAGCUUCGCCCUCAGGUGUUCAGCCCAGGGGAUUACAUUUGCCGUAAAGGAGAUAUCGGGAAAGAGAUGUACAUCAUCAAGGAGGGGAAGCUGGCUGUGGUGGCGGAUGAUGGCACAACACAAUAUGCUUUGCUCACUGCGGGAGGCUGCUUUGGCGAGAUCAGCAUCCUCAACAUUAAAGGGAGCAAAAUGGGCAACAGGCGCACGGCCAACAUCCGUAGCUUGGGCUACUCUGAUCUUUUCUGCCUGUCAAAGGAAGACCUGAUGGAAGCAGUCACAGAGUAUCCUGAUGCCAAAAAGGUCUUGGAGGAGCGGGGCCGGGAGAUCCUGACCAAGGAAGGGCUGCUGGACGAGUCAGCUGCAGAGGCAAGCAUGGAAGGGAAGAGCGUGGAAGAGAAGCUGGACAGGCUGGCCUUGAACCUGGACACGCUUCACACCCGCUUCGGCCGCCUUCUGACAGAGUACAAUGAUGCCCAGAUGAAGCUCAAGCAACGCAUCACUGUUCUGGAGUCCCAGCUGAGGCAGCAGGAUCUGGAGGACUUCUUCUCGGAUAGCUCAGACAGUCUGCCUUAGGCUAAGGAAGAAGCCACACCUGGUGGGAUGCAGUGCGGGGGCGCAGAGGCCAGCUAGGUGAUGUCUUGCCCCGUGUGAGAUGUUAUUUCAUAUGGCAGCGCCUUUGGCUGCCUUGCCUGGACUUCUCUCAGGUCCUUAGCGCUGCUGCUGCCACUGCCUCAGUGGCAGCUUGGAAGGUGGCUCUGAAUCAGGUGUCUGUCCUAGCUCCUCCUCAGGCCUGUCUCUGUUCUCAUCACCUCCAUGCGAGACCUUGGGCUUCCUCCCAGCUUAGCAAAAGGUCUCUGCCUGACUCAUUUCCCUGUUACCACUUGCCUUACCAGGAGGUGGGACAUGACCCUCGCUGGAGGGGUACCUGGAUGUGCUGCCCUCCCCUGUGUCUCAGGGAGGUCAGAGUCUCAGUGCACACACAACCUGCCACGUGCCACCCACUUAUGUGCACCAGGGCAGGGGAGGCGGCCUAGCUGCUGCAUUCCUUGCAGAUAACAAAACACCCCACUGAGAGAGACCAAACCACAGGCCAAAUAUUUACAAAGGCAUUUUAGGUCUGGCUUUUAUAACUCACUUCGUGUAAAUACAGCGUCUCCACAGAGUGCCUGCAGACACCUGGUCUGCACGGAGUGACUCCGUACCCGCAGGAUACCCAAACUCAGCUAAGAAAGCCCGAUCUGUGCCUCUGAUGUCUGCAAAUGAGGAAGCCUGUCUGGGUCACUGUGACUCCAUAGGUCAGCUUCACCUCCUACUCCGAGGCUGGAUAUCCAGCUGGAAGGGCCGGCAGCUGCUCUCCUGCCCACCACUCUUCUCCCUUCUGCUAUAUUCAGUGCUCCAGCUGUCAAACUGCCCCGGCACGAGCAGCUGGGUACCCUGCACCACACUAUCCUGGGGGACAGCAUUCCUGAGCCCUCCUGCUGCAGAGGUAGAGUGAUUUCCUUCUGGACUGCGGAGGGCUCAGACGACAAGUACAAUAUGGAGGUAGAGACCUCUCCGUGCUGAACGACGAUGUCUGUUACGCCAAGUGCAGAAGGACGACAGUAACUGUCUCUCUCAUCUCUCUAAUGAUGGCUAGAUGUGCCAGGAAGGCUUUGGCUGAACUGACUCGUUCUUUAGGAACAAAGCAGUGAUGGGACCCAACUGUGCCCGUAUUUGCUUUACCGUCAGUAGCUCGGAAAGAGCGCAGAACACAUUUAUUUUCUUAGGCAGGAGGUUUUCUUGAACUCGGUGGGAGUUUUGGGGCCUUGCAGGCCAGUUGCUGACUGUAGGAGAAAUGAACGGCAGAGUCACGGGGAUGUGCCUGCAAGGGCGAAAUCCUGGCACCAGCACAGCCACUGGCAAAGCUCUGCCAGGCAAAGCCCCGUGGGCAAGAGUGCAGUGAAGGAAGGGCCACCAAAUCCCUGCCAGCCCCCUUGCACAGCAUCCUAAGCACUAAUACUACCUGUGCCCCUAAGGGGGGCUGUGCAGGUGCUGGGACCGGGGGAUGCAACCUCCCUGCUUGCCCACCGUGACUGCAUGCACACCUCUGGGACCUCCUGCUCCUGCCCACUGGGUCCGUGGGGUGGGAUGGUUUACAAGGAGGAGGAAGUCCAAUGGAGAAGGGAAUUUUGGGGGAAAUUCGUGCUCUGGGCCAAACUCAGCUGGUAGUUUUCUAAGAUAAUGCGGUGGGAGCACAUCAACCCAGAAAGGCUGAUGGUAGAAAACCGAGAGGGUUUGCUUUGUCCUUUCUUUUCCCUCAAAAUGAGACUGCCUUUCUUCGUUAUGGGUGAGGCUUUUCUGUUUAAAAUGAAACACCCUUGCUUUUUGGGACCACUGGGUGAGGGAAGGUUAAAUUCCCAGCACUGGAAGGUGGAGUGAGAUCAAAACUCCUUUGCUGCCCGUCACCGAAAUGUCAGGCUUUUCCGUUUAGCUGCUACCCAGGCGGGUUGGGGGACGAACCGGCUGCUGCUCUGCCUUUUCCCUUUCUUGACACCGGCAUCCCGGCUGCUCGCUGCGGCCGCGGGCUGCAGCCCGAGGAUGCCGGCACGGGGCCGGGAGAGGGAGCUGUGAACCGCGGAACCGGCUGCAGCUCCCGGGCAUUGCCCUGCCACCGGCUUUGGGCACAAAAUCCCAGGGUUUUGCUCCUCUGCUGCGGGGGUUGAGGGUGCAGCCAGCCCCGGCUGGGUACCCAGCUCCUGCCCCCCCCCGGCUUGGGGAGCUGCUGGCAGCUCGGGGGAUAUCCCGGCUUCUUCUGGGGGAUAGGAGGGGAGAGAAAAAAUAAAUACAGGGCAAAAAACCUCUUCCUUCCCCAGGUUUAAUCCGAGGUAAUAAUCCACUCGGGAAACUCGAAGCCUUCAGACCAAUUACCCCAGAGGAUGGCUUUGCAAAUGCAGAGCAGAUCCCGCUUGUUUUCCUCGUGGCGGCAAGCCAGGAAAUCAUAGAUUGAUGAACCGCUUGAUGGGCCUGCUAAUGAAAUUAGCAGCAGCUCCAUGAUUUUUCCAGUGAGCAGGACAGGCAGAUGCUGGCGAGAAGCAGACAAUGGCACAGCUGCGCUUCUGGGCUGCCUGAAUUCCCAGCCCAGUGGACACGGGGCACGGCAGAUGCAGCUUUGGGGCUGCCCAUUUUACAGGUGGCUUCAGGACGAGCCUCUGCUGCGUAAGGCUCCCCGAGAGAUGGGGAACAGGAGCUGCCAAAAGCUGCUCCUGGGGGCUGGCAGCGGGGGGGACAAGCUGAGGGUGCGAGGGUCUGCUCAGCGCCCCGCAGAGGUUUGCCCCUGCACCGUGGUGCAUUAAGCUGCUUUGGCUUUAUAUUAUCCAUACACAUUUUUUUUCUAGAUUUCUCAUUGCAAAAAAUAAUCCCCGGUACAAUGGAGGCUCGUUCUCAGCUGUGUGCUGUGGGUGGGAGACAUCAAAUAUGGAGCCAGUUUUGCAGUUUUGCCUCCAGAGAAGGCAGACUGAGAGAUUUGGGGGUGUCUCACCAGGCAGCCACCCCUUCCAGUGCCAUCGAGCCCGGGGAGCCCCCUGCCUUCUGCUGCACUUUUCUGCAAACCUGCUCCCAAAGGAAGGUGUCUCCUCAGCCCUAGCCUGCCUCUACCAGAGAUGCAGGAAAAGGACUGGGAUUUUUGGGUGAAUCAGCCGUAAGUGCUCUGUGUGGCACUGGGCUUCCCUCCUCCUCUCUGAGCACCAUUUCUAGGAAAGCAAUCAUCACUGGAUGAUACCCAGAAAAAGCUCUCUUGUGGGCCUCUGGGAAAUGUAAGGACACAUUGCAGAGCUGAGGGAAAUGGAGCCAUCUUGGCAGGACAAAGCAGCGAUGACUCCUGCCUCUUGUCCACCUGCUUUUUGCCUUUCUCAGGCUGCUCAAGAAGAGCUGUGUCUGCUAGGGGCUCAGCUGAACUGGAGUCUCCUGAAGCUGCGAGCUCUGCCCAAGGGUGUCCGGUGGUGCUGGGCAGUGUUUGCAGCCCCCUGAUGGGUGUUUGCAGCCCCUGGUGGGUGUCUGCAGGCUUUGAAAUAGAGAAAACUUCCUGAGAUGUUUGGGUGAGUCUUGAUUCACUGAGGAUGGGUCUGCCCUUUCUUGUGCUUUCUCCCCUGCUCCUUCCCUGCUCAAACACCUGGGUGCUGCCGCCUCCUCGGUUAAACAAGCAGAAGUACCCAUUCCUCCUCAUUUCUCCCUGAAUUGGAGUCUGUGUUGCCAUGACAGCAGCUCAGGGUGAGCAGGAGGUGAAGGCACCCAGCGGAGGGAAAGCCCCGGGAUGCCUCCCCGACACACUCCUCCCCUCAGCCCACCGCAUGCUGCUGGCAGGGAAAAGAAGGUUCCCAAGGUGGGAAGUUUUGGAGGAGCUCCAGCACUCCUCAGAGGAGCUGUUAGAGCAUCUCCAAGAAGUCCUUGCCUGCAGGAUCACCCUCCUGAGUCCUCGGGUGGUGGUGCUGCAGGUGGGUGCCCUGCUCGGUGAGGCAUCUGCUCGGUACAUGGGAUUAGAGGGGCCGGGAGCUUAAAAAAAUAAAUCCACAGGGCACGCUGAGCUUGGUGAGUGUUGGUACGGAGCUGAUGUAAUGGCAAUCUGGGGGCUUCUCUGGCAAAGAAAAGACCUGGUGUUUUGGAGAGUUGCCUCCCAGAGCAGGAUGGCUGGAGGACGAGAGCGUUCCCCAUGGCAAACAGGCGCAGGGGCACUGCAGCCCUCUCGUCCCCUCUCCUGCUCGCGGGCUCCUCAUCCCUCCUGGCCCUCUCGGGUAGCUUUGAAUGCCACAUGAAUCGAUACUUUUAAUUAGCUGCCAUUCCUCA